CUUUCGCCUGUUUCCUUUCUCCUUCGUUUGGUCGACUCCGAAGACCUUCUCUCCAUCUCUGUUCGAGAAAAGAAGAAGAAAAAAUCUUCAGAUCAUGAUAAAUUGGAUUCUUUCUUGGUCUCUAAUCUCUCUUCCACUCGCUACGAUCCUUUUGUUCGCUUCAAAGAUUCUCAACCGCCGAAGAAACAAGAAAAGAGCAGUCGGAUACUUCCAUCCUUACACCAACGAUGGCGGCGGCGGAGAGAGAGUCCUUUGGUGCGCCGUCAAAGCCAUCCAGGAACAAAACCCAGACCUCGAUUCCGUUAUCUUCACCGGCGACCACGACGCCUCCUCUCAAUCCUUAAUGUCACGCGCCACCGAUCGCUUCGGCGUCCACCUCCUUUAUCCCCCUAAAGUGGUGCAUUUGAAUAAAAGGAAAUGGAUUGAAGAAACAACGUACCCACACUUUACAAUGAUUGGUCAAAGCUUGGGCUCAGUUUAUUUGUCCUGGGAAGCUUUGAGCAAGUUUACACCUUUGUAUUAUUUUGAUACGAGUGGUUAUGCUUUUACAUACCCAAUUGCUCGUUUAUUCGGAUGCAAAGUUAUUUGCUAUACUCAUUAUCCUACUAUCAGUUUAGACAUGGUUUCUCGUGUUCGUCAACGAAGCUCCAUGUACAAUAACGAUGCCUUAAUUGCUGGAAGCACGUGGUUAUCCCAGUGCAAAAUUAUCUAUUAUACGGUUUUUAGCAGGAUAUAUGGAAUGGUGGGCUCUUGUGCACAUCUUGUAAUGGUAAACUCUUCAUGGACUCAGUCUCACAUUGAGAAGCUUUGGAGAACUCCUGAGCGUACUAAGCGAGUUUAUCCACCUUGUGAUACUUCAGGACUUCAGGCACUUCCUUUGGAAAGAGCCAUGGAAACUCCAAAAAUUAUAUCUGUUUCUCAAUUUCGUCCAGAGAAGGCACAUGGUCUUCAACUUGAGGCCUUUUCAGUUGCCAUCAGAAAAUUAGAUAAAGACUUGCCAAGACCUACGCUCCAGUUUGUGGGUAGUUGUCGAAAUAAAUCAGAUGAGGAAAGACUUCAGAACUUGAAAGAAAAAGCAGUGCAAUUGAACAUUACUGAGGAUGUGGAAUUCCAUAAAAAUUUGAUGUAUAGGGACUUGGUAAGACUUUUAGGUGGUGCUGUUGCAGGAAUUCACUCAAUGAUAGAUGAGCACUUCGGAAUCUGUGUGGUAGAGUACAUGGCUGCAGGAGCCAUUCCUAUCGCUCAUAAUUCUGCUGGCCCCAAAAUGGACAUUGUUUUAGACGAAGAUGGGCAAGAAACAGGAUUUCUUGCUCUAAGUGUGGAAGAAUAUGCAGAGGCAAUCCUGAAAAUCAUAAGGAUGCCCGAGUCUGAAAGGCUCAAGAUAGCUGCAGCUGCAAGGAGAAGAGCCAACAGAUUUUCCGAGCAAAGAUUCUAUGAUGACUUCAAAGCCGCUAUCCGACCAAUCUUAUGUCAUUCUUCCUAGUGAUAAGAGUUACACCAGAAUCACACUGACAAAGAAUAGAGAAGUUCUGGUUUAAAUUCUUGUUGUUUAUUGGGGGUUCUUCACCCUCCCAAUCCUGCCAUUAUAGAAAGGUUGACCAAAACCUUUGUCAAACAAAAUAGGUAUACUGAAAUUUUGAUUCUAAGCAAAAUUGAAGGAUUACCAGUUUUGUUGAAUGAGAAUUUUCUUCCUUCUAUUCUAAUAAUUUUCCUUCAA